GUCAAUAAUUAUGGGAUGCGGCACAUGGGGAUGCUCAUAUUUUUGUAUAUGCUCUUGUUAUGCUCCACUCAACUUGGAGCUGACAAAAAGACUAACAAAUAUGUGACAACUUUAAUAAAUGCUAAAUGGGAUGAGACACCUCUCGUUCUCGAAGCAGCUGAAUAUCUUAGCGAUGAAAAUCCAAAUUACUUUUGGAAAUUUAUCGAUGCAUAUUCCAGAAAAAUUAGUGAUCUUGUAAUAGCUACAGAAAAGGAAAGUUAUGACUUAAUUCUGGAACUGGCUAAAAAAUAUUUAUCUGAAUCAGAAAUAGCAGUUUUUAAGUUAGGAUUGUCCUUACGUAUUUAUUCCGCACGUGUUGAAAUGUUUUCUCAAAUGGCUGUGAAUAAAAAUGUUUCUUUGUAUGGAUGUAACAAUGUUGUUAACAUUGGUGGAACAUUUACUUGUUCUCUAAAAGAUAUAGAUAGGUUACUACUAGAGCAGAAUACAUGGGAAACUGCAGAUACCUAUGAUGUAGACCACCGAUACUUGGAUACUUCAGAAUCUGAUAAGAUAAUCAUACUAUAUGGUCAGAUUGGGACUCCUACAUUCAUUGAUUUCCAUGAAAAGCUAAAAAACAUAGCAGAAACAAAGAAGAUCAAUUAUAUUCUUCGUCAUUAUGUGAAGGAUAGAACAGAUAAGAAAUUGCGUUUAUCAGGGUAUGGUGUAGAGUUGCAAAUGAAGUCUACAGAAUACAAAGCGACAGACGAUUCUGAUAUCAAAGAUAACACAGGAAAGAGCUCAGAAGAGGAAAAUGAUGGCAUGGAAGAAACUGAAGGAAUCAACUUCAUGAUUUUAAAAACAUUAUAUCCAGAUCAACAAGCCAAACUGGAUAAAAUACAAAUGCAUUUAUUGGAAAGUAGUCACGAGAUCGGAGCUUUCAAGGUAUGGCGGUUUCAAGAAUUGAGUCAUCAGGCAGCUGAAAGGAUUAUGAAUUCUCCUUCUGCAGAAGCACUAAAUGUCUUGACCGAUAUAUCGCAAAAUUUUCCUAUGCAGGCCAAAUCUUUAAUUAGAACUAAGGUGAAUAGUGAUAUGAAGAAGGAAAUGAAACUGAAUCAGGAAAUAUUUAUGGCAAGUCUAAAUAUACAACCAACUGACACGGCGCUUUUCAUCAAUGGCUUAUUUUUUGAUUUGGAAGCUAUUGAUGUACUAACUCUUUUAGAGUCUUUGAGAAGCGAGUUACGAGUAAUGGAAGCUCUUCAUAAAAUUGGCUUUAGUAACAAAAAAAUGAGUAAAUUGUUAGCACUGGAUUUAUCUGGAGGAACAGAUAAUCAAAAUUUUGCAAUGGAUAUAAGGGAUUCCGCGAUCAAUUGGAUUAACGAUAUUGAAAAUGAUUCACGUUACAGUAAAUGGUCACGGUCAUUAACAGAGUUAUUACGACCAACUUUCCCUGGCAUGCUCAGAAAUAUCAGAAGAAAUUUGUAUAAUUUAGUAUUAAUUAUCGAUCCCUUAAGUGAAGAUUCCAUGUCGUUAAUAGCUCUAGCGCAAUCUCUUUAUGCACAUUCUGCUCCACUGAGAGUCGGAUUUGUCUUCGUGACGAAUUAUAAUACAUCUGUAACAGGUUUAACAGAUGCUAGUGUUGCAGUUAACAAUGCAUAUCACUAUUUUGCAGAAAAUAAAAAUCCUAAGGAGGCUUUACAUUUCUUAUCAGAGUUAGGAAAUUACAUUGGACAUGGUGCUGACAUAGACGAUAUAAAAAAAGUUAUCAGAUCCAAAGAUUCGUCCGCUAGUAUACCUUAUAUCCUCGGGGAAGAGUCUGAAUAUGACGUGGGACGGCAUUUAGCCAGCGAUUUCAUAAAACGAUGUGGUUUCAAGAAAUUCCCACAAGCUCUAUUGAAUGGUGUACCUUUGACGCCCAGUCAGAUUAACUACGAAUCAUACGAGGAAGCAGUACUAUCUACCAUUAUGUCGCAAACACCCACAUUGCAAAAAGCGGUAUAUCGCGGUGAAGUAACGGAAGGGGAUGAUGUCGUUGAUUUUCUCAUGAAUCAACCAUAUGUUAUGCCACGCUUGAACGAGCGUAUUUUAAAAGUGGACAAGAAUGCAUGGCUAAAUUUAAUUGGUACGAUUCCUGAAGAUGAGGAUUAUACAAAGUGGAGUUCUCAAGAUCUAUCGACUUAUUUAAUGAAGAAAAUGCAUUACUUCUUCGUACCACGACGCAGUAGCGUGCAUCACUUACAUUCCUUUUGGAUUGUAGCUGAUUUGAGAUCGUCGUCUGGUAGACAAUUACUACGAGAGGCGCUUGAAUAUGUAGAAUCAAAUACCGAUGCACGAAUUAGUAUUAUCGUUAAUGCGGAAAGUAAUGUAAAUUCAAAGUCUGAUAUUAACAAAAUUAUUCUUGCUGCGUUAAAUGCAUUAUCACCAGAAAGAGCUAUACUUUACACACGUAAAGUAAUCAGAGAAGAUAAUGCAGCUCUCAUUGCCGAUGGUAGUUUUGAGAUUGAAGACGAAUCUGUGGCGGCGUUGUUGGAAAAUCAAAAUCCAAUAUUAUUGUUACAUCAACAUUAUAUUAAAAAUGUCUUAAACUUGGAAACUGGAGCGAGAGCAGUUUUGUGCAACGGCCGUAUUAUUGGCCCCUUGGAUAGCGGCGAAGAAUUUACAAGCGAAGACUUCUCUUUAUUAGAAAGAUUUAGCCAAAGCACUUAUGGAGAUAAACUAUUUAUGAAAUUGAUCAAGGACCGAAUCUUUAAUGAAGAUGAAUAUGAAGAAGAAAAUAACAUUACGGAUGAUAUGAUUAUGAAGAUCACUUCACUUUUAGUACCACGUCCUCAAACUCGAAAUCGAUACGACGUUCCUUUCCAUGGGGAUGAUCACAGUGUCAUAAAAAUUCCAACUGCCGAUCCCGAUAAAGUGGCCUUCAACUUUAUCGCCAUUGUAGAUCCGGUUUCACGCGGUGCUCAAAAAUUAGGCCCAAUAUUGAAAACAGUACAGCAAGCCUUAAACUGUAAUAUAAAAGUAUUCUUGAAUUGCUUGGACAAGAAUAGCGAUAUGCCAUUAAAGAGCUUUUAUCGAUUUGUGCUUGAACCUGAGCUACAAUUCACAACCGAAGGAGAUAUCAGUGGCUCUAUCGCGAAGUUCACAAAACUUCCCACUUCUUCAUUAUUAACGCAAUACAUUCAUGCUCCUGAAAAUUGGCUAGUAGAAGUAGUCCGCAGUGUUUAUGAUCUUGAUAACAUUAAGCUGGAUAACGUCGCAAUCGGCGUACAUAGUGAAUUUGAAUUGGAAUAUUUGCUGCUCGAAGGCCAUUGUUUCGAAGCAGUAAUGGGAAAUCCACCGAGAGGCCUUCAAUUCACAUUAGGCACCGAGAAACAACCCGUGAUGGUUGACACUAUAGUAAUGGCGAAUUUGGGAUACUUCCAGCUCAAGGCAAAUCCUGGCGAAUGGGUACUACGACUUCGACAGGGAAGAUCCGCGGAAAUAUACGACUUCACCACGGUCGACGGACAGGAUGUUAUUCAAAACGGCAAUGAUGUGAAAGUUCUGAUAAGUUCUCUGAGAAGCCACGUGCUAAAAAUCAAGGUAUCCAAGAAGCCAGACAAGGCGGGAGUCGAUCUCUUAUCGGACGACGAGAAGGAUUCCGGAUUGUGGAACUCCAUUUCUAGGACAUUUACUGCAGACGAAAGUGAAGACCAAGAUGAGAAGUUAAAUAUCUUCUCUCUCGCUUCUGGCCACUUAUACGAAAGAUUCUUGAAGAUCAUGAUGCUAAGUGUUAUUAAACACACCAAGACGCCGGUGAAGUUCUGGUUCUUAAAGAAUUACCUAUCACCGACUGUAAAAGAUUUUUUGCCGCAUAUGGCUAAAGAAUAUGGUUUUGAAUACGAACUUGUGCAAUACAAAUGGCCUCGUUGGCUUCAUCAACAAACCGAGAAACAAAGAACUAUUUGGGGAUAUAAGAUCUUAUUCCUCGACGUGUUGUUCCCAUUGAACGUUAAAAAAAUAAUAUUUGUCGAUGCUGAUCAGGUGGUAAGAGCAGAUUUGAAGGAAUUAGCAAAUUUGGAUCUCGGCGGCGCGCCAUAUGCAUAUACGCCGUUUUGUGAUAGUAGAACUGAAAUGGAUGGAUUUCGGUUUUGGAAACAAGGAUAUUGGAGAAAUCACUUGCAGGGACGAGCUUAUCACAUCAGCGCAUUAUAUAUGGUGGAUCUCAAACGGUUCCGUCGCAUCGCAGCCGGAGAUAGGUUACGAGGACAGUAUCAAGCGUUGAGUCAAGAUCCAAACAGCUUGUCAAAUCUUGAUCAGGAUCUCCCAAAUAAUAUGAUACAUCAAGUGGCCAUCAAAACAUUACCACAGGAGUGGCUGUGGUGUGAAACGUGGUGUGAUGAUGCAUCCAAACGAUACGCUAAAACCAUAGAUUUAUGUAAUAAUCCAAUGACUAAAGAAGCCAAAUUACAAGCAGCCAUGCGUAUUUUGCCCGAAUGGGUGGGUUAUGACGAAGAAAUUAAAGCUCUACAGCAGAAAAUAGAAAAUGCAAACAGACAAACGGAAAAAGACUCGGCUUGGCCUCUGUCAAUUGUCCGCGCGCCCGCAUCGUUCACGUUCCUCCUCGCCAACGAUUGAGAUCCGCGAUCCGCCUCGUAACUUCAGGGCGAUAUGGAAAACAGCGGAAACAGCUUUGUGAAACAAGAGAUUGCUGAGCGAAACAACAAAGCCAAUGAAUUCAAGGAUAAAGCGAUUUAUGGCUACGGAACAAGCAUUCCGCCAAACAAUAAUGAAGACGAGGAGAAUGAAAUGUCGCCGCGGAAGGUGAUCUUUUGCGUUCAUGGAAAAUUAUCAGGCUGUUGCACGGUGGUGAAGAGUUCUAUUGAUGAAAAUGCAGUUAUGGACUGUCAGCAGAAUCAGAUAUCCCCGGAAGAUCAUUGUCACAGGGAGAGAAACGAGGAGAUUGACAAGAAGGCCCGAAAGAAGUUGUUGAUCGCCAGUGUGCUCUGCGUCAUUUUCAUGAUAGCAGAAAUCAUCGGCGGAGUAUUAUCGAAUAGUUUGGCGAUAGCGACCGAUGCUGCGCAUUUGUUGACUGAUUUUGCAUCAUUUAUGAUAUCUCUCUUUUCUAUCUGGGUGGCGGGCAGACCAGCCACCAGGAAAAUGCCUUUUGGUUGGUAUCGCGCAGAAGUUAUCGGCGCGUUAACUUCGGUUUUAUUAAUAUGGGUGGUCACUGGCAUUUUAUUCUACCUCGCGAUUGAAAGGAUUGUCCACAAAGAUUUCGAGUUGAAUGCGACAGUGAUGCUAAUCACAUCUGCAGUUGGUGUUGCGGUAAAUCUAGUAAUGGGCCUGUCGUUGCAUCAACAUGGCCAUAGUCACGGUGGACACGAUCACGGUGAGAAUAAUGACGUGGAAAAUGUGCUCGAUGAUGAUCUCAAAGGGGAACAUUCGAAAAAAAAUAUCAAUGUGCGCGCCGCCUUCAUUCAUGUUUUGGGCGAUUUUAUUCAAAGUGUGGGAGUAUUCAUUGCUGCAUUAAUUAUUUAUUUUAAGCCAACGUGGAGCAUAGUCGAUCCAAUAUGCACGUUUCUCUUCUCGAUAUUAGUUAUUCUCACUACUGUAGCGAUUAUUAAGGACGUAGUUAACGUCCUGAUGGAGGGAAUUCCCAAGGGUUUCGAGUAUUCCCAAGUGGAAAGCACGUUCAUGCAAAUAGAUGGAGUUGUUAAAGUCCAUAAUCUUAGAAUUUGGGCUCUCUCGCUCGACAAGACUGCCUUGUCGGCGCAUCUCGAUAUAGAACCUGGUGCGAGCCCCCAGAACAUCUUACGCACCGCCACGCGAAAUAUCCACGACAAAUACAAAUUCUUCGAGAUGACGCUACAGAUAGAGGAAUUUAACGAACGAAUGGAAAAUUGUAAACAGUGCAAAGCGCUAGCGCAAUAAGUCACCACCGUUAUAACUAUACGUGGUGUAGUCGUGAUAUAAGAGAUGCGCGGCGUGCAUCGAAGAUAAUUUUAAAAGUCUCGCAAUCGUUACGACAAUUUAUCGAAUAAGAACGAUGAAAUGAUUGUCUCACGCGCGAAGGCAGCAUACGUGCGUUAUAUUAAACUCUUAUUAUUUUUCUUUCUUUUUUUUUUGUCUUUUAGCUUCGUGAACAAAUACACGAACUCAGUCAACAACAUUCGUACAACGUGUUACGUUUAGAUGUGAAUAGUCCUUUUGUUAUUUGAUUUAUGUAAUUUGAUUUAUGUAUUAUAAGUAGUUAUAUAAGCUAAGCUGUAUCCCUUAAUUAUCAUAAUUGCAACAAUUAUAACAAAUAUUAUAAUUGUUCCUCGCAUUAUAAAUGACCGUGUUAAUUAUUUCCAAGAUGAAUAUUGUGAUUAAUAUUAGUUUAAAAAUGACAUUUAUAUCUCAGUAAAUGUCACCAGUAAGUCGUUCAUAAAGUAUCAUUGUAUAUACAGAAACAUAGAAAAAAUAUAGAUGAAAUAAGAGAUUUAUUCUGUUAAAUAAACUCAAACUCUCUGAUUGCAUAAUUUGUAGUAUAGACAGAUGAGUGUCUACAUAUCAAAUUUCUAUAAUCUUUGCAGGAUAUUUUGUAUAAUACAAAAUAUAUAUUAUUUUAUUUGAUACCAAAAUAAUCAAUGUAAACACGUACACAUUUCGAAAUUCUGUAAUUUAUUUUCAAAACUAAUCGAUCACUAUAAAAAGAAUUUUCAUACUCCGAUAUCAUACGUGUUAUGUUAGUUCACUUGAAACCAUUCAACUAGUUUUGCUUUUUUUCUAUUAUUUUCUUGCUUAUAUUGCUUUUAUCUUAUUGUUAGCAAUCAAGAGAUUAUUCUGUUAAAAAUCAUUAUAGAGACACAAAUACGUGUAAAAAUUGCUAUUUCUUAUUUGUUUAUCACGUGUACGUACACAUUAGACAAAAAUAAAAUUAUGAAUAAAUUU